CUCCAGAGCCCGCUCUUCCACGCACUUCAGGCUUGUGGCUUGUGAGUUCCAUCCAGUUUUUUUGUCACCCUUUAUAUAUGGCACAACCCUAACCUUGCUUUAAGCACCAUUAUAAAUUCGCUUGCUGCUACUUUCAUACAGCAUACUAAUUUAGGCUGAAGCGCACCAACCUAGUGGUCUGAGAGGCGCGAUGCACUAUGAGUGUUCAUGUGGUUUCACCUCAACGACAGCCGCGUCUUUUUACAAGCAUUUGGCAGCGGCAAAAGAAUCCGGCUUGGGCCACCAGCUUACCCACGCCCGCUUCUCUGAUAAGCAAGCGAGGCGCAUAGAUACUGCUUCCCAGCCAACCGCUGGCAACGACAGCGCCAGCGCCCCAGACCACGGCCGCUUAAGUGACGCGGGCGCCACAAACGCAGCGGCCUUCGCUGCGGCCACUUCCUGGGUGGACGGGUACCUCAUGGUAGAAGGCCAGCGUGACGCCGCAGGGCAGCCUGCACAGAACCUCCAGUCCUUGGCUGCAGCUCCCACGCAGUUGCGCCUUCCCGUUAGCUCCUCCGCUGCUGCACCGCUCACCCAGCAACAACAGCGACAGCGGCGAUCCGGCCAUGGGGCUGGCGGACCCUCACCCGAGCUGGAACCAGAGCCCCAAGGCACCCCGCGGGGCUGGAGCCUAGGGCGGCAGCGCAGCGGUGGCGGUAGCGGACGGCCAGCUGCUGCGGCUGCAGGUACGGCCACCGCAGCAGCUGAGGGGCAGCAGACGCCUGUGGUGAACGCCGACGAUGUGGAACUCAUCGAGCGGGCCAGCGGCUCCGCUCGGUUGGCAUCCGUUCGUUCAACACCCGUCCACGCUGUCGCUGCCGCCGGCGGGAGCUACUACGGCACUUGGCCAGGGCCCGGAUCCGGCGGAACCCUUAACGCGCAGGCUGCACUGCGGCUGUCCGUGAACGCUGUGAUGGUGGGCCUUACGCCUUGGCGCUGGUUCGGCAACGGCGGCAGCGGAGGCGGCGGCAGCGGAGGCGGCGGCAGCGGAGGGGGUGGCGACAUGGGUCAAGGCGGUGCGCAUGGGGCAUCAGCGCGCAAGUCCCCGGGUGCAGCAGCAGGAGGAGCAGGAGGAGGAGGAGAAGGAGGAGGACCGCUAGUGGAGGAGCCCAGCAGCGAUGUAGAUGUGGCGGGGACGUCAGCCGGGGGAGCGGGGGAGGAGGAGGAGGGAGGCAGCAGCCGCCGCGACGGCUCAGCUCAUCAGGACUCGAUUUCCGCUUCGCUCGAUGCCGUACGAGCCGUACAAGACGUCCUCAUGUGGCACAACCCCUGGCGUACGACACGCAUCUUUGGUGCGGGGCUCUACCUGGCUGUGUGCAUGCGACAGCUGGCAAAAGGUCAUGACCUGUUGCAGCCCUCUACAGCGCUGUUCGCUGGCUGCUUUGCACUGCUGCUUCGUAACGUGGUGCGGGAGGGGGUGGCGAGCUACCGCCGUGCACAGCAGCAGCAGCUGGGGCAGCAGGGGCAGCUGCUGCAAGGGCAGGGACGGGAGGGCCAGGCAUGCACGUCGAGCGAGCCUGAAGACUCGGAGCUUGAACGCCUCAAGGCGACCGCCCAGCUGCAGCAGCGAGUGGAGGCCGUCCUGCGGCGGGCGGCGCUGGGUGUGGCUCGCUACGGUGCGGCGCUGGUGGUGCUGGGGGCGGGGCUGCUGAGCGGGCGGCGGGCCAUCACCUCGGCGCUGGCGGCGGUGCUGCUGUGGCUGGGCAUGGUGGUGGGGGAGCUGCGGGUGACCUCGCAGCCCACUUUCUGGCUGCUCUGCUACGUCGCCACCUUCACCAUCCCCGCCGCCUACGCCCGCUGUCAUGACGCAAUGGACGCCGGCGUGGAAGCUGCCCUUCGCUUCGUGGUCCGCAUCCUAGUCAGCGGCAGCCGCCUCGCGCUGCUCUCCGCAGCCGGCGUGGCGGCGCUGCUGGUUGCCGUACUGCCGUACAAUUUCGUACUGCGAGCCACAUUGGCCGGCGGCGCUGCGUUUGGGGUGUUGCUGUGGCAGUCUGAGGCGGCCGGGGCGCUGAGGAGUGCAGCUGGGCCCGGCGGCUUGCGGGGUGCAGCGGUUGGUGCGACAGGGGAGCAGGGGCGGGGGGUGCAGUCGUCGGGAGGAGGCGGUGUGGCGGUUAGGCCGUUGCUAUCGGAGGAGGGCGCAACAGAUCAUGUACAUCAUGAGUGAUGGCGGUAGUCAAUGGGUAAAGAGAGUUAGUUUAUAAUUAGUUUUCCGCCGCUAUUGUACAUACUUUUGAGGGGCAGGAUGUUAAUUCGGCGUGUCGAGCAAAGUGAGACAUUCUUUUCGAGACUGGAAACAGGAGAGGGAAGUAAGGCUGUAGGUGCGAUUGCAAGCAGCGGUAGGGGGCCGAGGGCUCCUUUGGGGCUCUUGUGAUCUUAUGAGGAGUGUCACAAUACCAUGGCGGUUGGGCCGUAUUGGGCUAGCAGAGCGGAUAUUGUGUUUGGGUGUGGCCCUGUAGUGAGCACACCUGCAAGGGUUCUUACGGUCGCUUAAAUUGUUUGCGGAGACUGUGCAGUGUUACCCAUUUGGAAAGCGAAUCCAGGUGAAGCUUUGCAUGUAAUGUUGCAUGUAAGCUGUACCCUGCUGUGCACUGGCGAUUCCUGUUAGUUGCUGGAUGCGGGCGCAGGUUCACACCUUAGCCUUGGUGUCCAUCUCUUGGCAAGCGACUGGGGUUCGGUACAACGGC